AUGCAAAUGGAAGAUGCAAAUAUACAAAACGCAGUACCUUCCGCUUUUGUUCCUGUUCAAUGUCUUCCAUCAUUUUUCAGUGUUGAGAACAAUGUCAGUAACACAUUUGGAAGAACUACAAUGAUGUUAGAAAACGAAGAAGAAGAGUUACAGAGGAGUGGAGGAAUAGAAAGUAAUGGGAAUCUAAAGGGUAUCCGACCGCAUGACGCAGUGGAGAAGAGUGGGAACUUAACCACUCCUGCUUUCGUUCCUGUUCCAGAUUUGCCAUUUACUUACGAAACUCUUAACCCUCUUAGAAAUCGAGCAAUGCAAGAACACCAGAUCCAAAAUGAAAGUGUUAUCUUCGGACAAUCAGUCAUACAAAGUGUACAAGAACAAGUACAAACACCAUUCAAUAAAACUAUUGAAAACAACCCAAUCACAAAUACUUUACUACAACAAAGUGAUUAUAACAACUUCAACGAUAAUCAAACUCUUUCAUCUGACACUGAAAAUAUGUCAUUAGAACAAAACUCAGACGAAGAAAGUGAUAGCGAAUUUGAAGACACAAAUAAUGAUUAUAUUGAUCAAAAUGAAAAUGAUGAAAAUGAGGAAAGAGAAGAUGAAAAAACAAUAAAAAAUAAAAUCGACUUAUUCAACAACAACUUCUUCAAUGAAAUCACAAAGAAAAGUUUAAACAAAUGGGACAAAAAGUUGUUAUUUUUCAACAUUAGAGAGUUUGUUGCAGAGAGUGGAAGUACAUCAAAACAACGCUUUUUCGUUUUGUGUGAUUAUUUGUUUAAUAAAUAUGAAACAAUGGAAAAAUUAAGAGACGAAAGAAAAACAGCAAAAGGAAAAAACAAACCAAAAAGAAAAUCAUCACUCCAUGUAUUGAAAAAGAUGUUAUUAACCUUUAUGAUUUCAUCGACUUUCAUUGAUCUGAAUUAUUCAGAGUCUCAAAUGAACGGAGUUGCAGAUGUUCUUAAGGAUUAUCAAAGAUUGGUUUUUUGUAUAAAUCCUGAUAAUUUCGAAAAGGUGUCAACAAGUCCUUCUACUGUUCGUAAAAUAAUGAAUGAAUACAACAAAAUGCGCAGAGAAAGAGAUCUCAAAGAAGUCAGAAAAGGAAUAUGCGCAACGAUUGAAAUUGAUUCUUUGUCUAAAAAGGUCAAGAUAUUAUGGGUGUUUUAA